UAGAUAACAGCGAGAAUCAUUCAAGCUUCGAUGAUGACGACUAUCUGACUUCUUCACCUUCAAUUAUUGAAGAAGAAAUUGACUUUAGUCUAGUCUAUGCCUUACAUACCUUUAAUGCAACGGUCGAAGGUCAAGCUAACGUUGUGAAAGGGGAUUCAUUAAGUUUGUUGGAUGACUCAAAUAGUUAUUGGUGGCUAGUUAAAGUUUUACCGACUGAUGAAAUUGGAUAUAUACCUGCUGAAAAUAUUGAACAUGAGAAAAUAACUGAUGCACAAUUAGUAAAUGAACCAGAAGAAAUAAAAUAUGCUGAUAAACAAGUAAUAAAUCCUGAAAGUAAUCAUUCUAUGAGUCAAGAGAAUAAUAGAGCAUCCAAUAGCUCCGAUAGAACAUUUAGUUCAGAGAGAACAUAUAGUUCCGAUAGAACAUCCAAUAAUUCAAUUAAAGUAACAGGAAUUGAAACCGUUGAAGUAAAUGUUAAAAGAACGGAUGAUCAACAAUAUGAACAAGAAAUGAAUCAACAACAUAGACAAGAGAAGAAUCAACAAAAACAAAAUAAACAAUAUGGGCAACCACAAUCAGUGAUAUCACAACAAAGCGAUGAUAUAAGACAUUCAUCACAACGGUCACAGGUAUACCAAAUAAAAAAACAAUCUGGACAAUUAGAAAAUAAUUUAACAUACGAUCAAUCAACGCGUAAUCCUAAUUCCUCGAACCAUAACAUUCAAGAUGUUAUAGAUAACAAAAGUGAAACAAUUAAAAUGUCAUUAACUCCAGCUUUAGGUAGUGACUUCAUUGAUUUCUCGGAUGAGGAAGAUGAAAAACUAAAGACAAGACCCAGUAGACCUCUCGAAAAAGUUGGUAAUGAUAAUGAGUUUACAAGAGUUAAUAUAACAUCCAGUGAAUCCAUAAAGAGUGCAGAGGAAGAAGAACCUGUCAAACAGGUUUCUCCUGUGUCGACACCUGUAUCGACACCUAUGGCUGACAAUGUUAGACGAGGUAAUCAACCGUCUUCUUCCGCACCACCCCCACAAAAUAAUUCCAAAGCUCAACGUCCCAGUCCCUUGACAAAUCAACAACAGUCUCAGUCACCGCAAUCUGGUUCUUUGUCAAAUCGAUCAUCUCCACAGACUGGAUCUAUAACAAAUCGUUCACAAUUUCAGCAACAUCCAAAAGUUCAACAAGUAUCUGUUAGUGAAUCGCCAAUUCAAGUAAUUCAACGUGAUUCUGGCUCAACUCAAACUUUACAGGUUUCUGCACAAGAUGCAGUUCAAUCAAUAAAAAUAAGAAGUUCUCCAUCUCCUAUCCGAGUUGUCCAACAUACACCAUCUGAAAGAUCAAUUACUCCUUUGACCCCCGUUAGUCCUUUUUAUAAUGUAAUUCGAAUAUUUGCUGGUCAAAAUAUUUCAUCAAAUGAAGAAUCAAAACUAUUUUUAUUAAGUCCGACCACAAUCACCUCUGCACUCAUUAAGCAAGCAUUACACCGGUUUAAAUUGGAUGAUGUAGAGGAUUGGGAAAUCUUUCAUUCAUUAACAUCUGUCACAUUACCUUCAAUCAGAAGGGGUUCUGUCGGAUCUAUUUCUUCAACUACCUCAAAUUUAUCUGAUAUCAGUGUAAUCAAACAAUUAGGAUUACAGGAUGAGAAAGACAAUAUUACCUUCUUUUUAAAUAGACGUUCAAAAAGAGGCAGUCGAUCUUCAGGCGAAAGAAAAUUACGUGUACGAGUGUUGGUUUAUAAUGAUGAUUUACCUAUUCACUUAAGGAGCAACAAACAACACGUACCAAGAACUUCCAUGUCUGUUCCUAAACAUCUUGCUGAAAAAGCUACAAGACGACGUUCAAGAGAAGAAGGUAAACCCAGAGAAAAGGUUGUUAUAGUUUCUGGACUUGCGACUGUUAGGCAAAUUAUCGAAAAAGCUAUGGAUAAGUUUGAAAUUACUGAUGGUAUUGUUGAUGAUGGUAAAAGGAUUUCAGAUACUGAUGAUAAACCACGAUAUCAGUUAAUGGUUAUUGUUGAUGGAGAAGAAAAACUCCUUCCCUCCGAAAUAAAUGUUAUUUCGGUUUAUCCAACGGCGCCGAAGCUUCAUCAUAUAUCGGUAGAUUCCGUGGACUCAUCUUCAUCUUUGGCAUUAGAUUAUCGACCGGAUGAACCAAUGUUCGUUCUAAGACUUUUGCGACCUGAGGAUCGUCAAACACGUGCAAUGCCUGCGGCUUCUAAUAUAAACCAAUUUACUCAAAAUUCAAAACUUCUAACACCAACACGUACUUUGAAUAAACAAGACGAACGAAAAACCAAUGAUACAAUAAAUACACGUAAACAGCUUAUCGAGCAGCAACGUGAACACAUUCGUGAACAACAAAGAUCUAUUCUUUCUGCGCAUAAAAAUGCUUCACAGGGUAUUGAUAUUGUUACGAAAGCUGGUGCAAUUCGAAGUUCUCGUAUUUUUGGUGCCAAAGUUCGAUAUUCUUUUAUUCCAACAAAAGGAGAAGAAAUCGAUAUUAGUGAUCUUAUUGAAGAUAUUUUGGGUGAUGAUGAUGAAAUACUAAAUUUGGAUGAACAAAGCGACUCAUCCUUUAAUGAUCCUUACCAUGAUAAACAAAACCAAAAGAAAAAGGAUCAAUUUCGUAAAAGCACAACACAAGAUGUAGAUGUUUUAGUAAAGAUGGUAACUAGUGCACAUAAUAAUAAUGGAAAUGUUGUAAAAUCUUUCGAGGAAAGGAUUGAGCGUGUUCUACAACAAGUUGAUCGAUAUGGUAAUGGCAUGGUGCCAAAUCUUGCAUCUGUUUUACGUGAAGCAUCCGAACGAUCAUUACAGCAAAAUCCAAUUAACAAUUCACAAAAAAAUGUACCAGUACUUAAUGAACGUUCUAAUAGUUUAUCAAGUAGUUGGUCUUUUCCAUCACCACGUUCUACCGCUACAUCCGAUGAUUUUAAUAAUGAUUUUGAUGAUGAAGACAACGAUUCAGUAUCAGAAUUAUAUUCUUCACGAUUUAAAAAUUUACCAUCAUUAACAAUAGAAAGAUCACAAUCACAAGAGUCUCUUAAUCGAACCCCCCAUAAAUCUAGACAAAGAUCAUUCUCUUCUGCAUCAAACAAUUCCAUAAACACUAACACUACCUUAGAUUCAAUAACACAAACAGGAAACCACCUUCCAUUACUUAGAAAAUCAUCUACUGCCUCUUCAUUUACAGACAGUGAUUGGAUAUUAACGGAUGACUUUGGGUUACAAGAAUUAUUAAUACUUGUUAGAUCCGGAGUAAAUAUGUUAGAAUUAAAAGAAAGGAGAAGAAGUGGAUGGCAAAUACAUGAGGAUCCUGAAAAAAUAUUAAGUACACUUAAACUCACAGAUAUUAGAAGUGAUAUUAAGAACGUUUUUGAUAAUGUUAACAAUGAAUUGGACCAAUUAGAACAAGUAAGAUCUAAAUUUUAG